CACUUAAUACACACACCCGAAAAAAACUCAGCAACACACACCUAACACGGCGAAAUCAACGAUGAUGAAGAUGAAUUCAAUUCUCUCUCUACUAACUAUCCUGUUUUUGGUAUCAUCAUCAUCUGUGACCGCAAGCUCCGAUUCACCUUUCAUUGUAGCUCACAAGAAAGCUACACUUAACAGACUCAAAUCUGGCUCCGAAAAAGUCUCCGUUUCCAUCGAUAUCUAUAAUCAAGGAUCUGCGACCGCGUAUGAUGUGAGUCUUACCGAUGAUGGCUGGUCAUCUGAGAUAUUCAAAGUCAUCUCUGGAAACACUUCAACCUCUUGGGAAAGACUUGAUGUUGGUGCCGCUGUUUCACACUCGUUUGAGUUGGAGUCAAACAUGAAAACCGUCUUCUAUAGCUCACCAGCUGUUGUUACAUUCCGUGUCCCCACAAAGGCUGCACUACAGGAAGCUUAUUCGACCCCCCUUCUACCUCUGGAGAUCCUAUCAGAUAAGCCUAAGGAGAGUGCACUUCAUCUUGUUAAGAGGCUGUUGGCUAAGUAUGGUUCCUUGGUAUCAGUAAUCACCAUAGUGGUUUUGUUUGUGUACCUGGUGGCAACUCCAUCCAAGUCCGGUGCUGCGAAGGGGAGCAAGAAGAAGCGUUGAUGAUUAGUCUCUGUGAUGUAACUUGUAGAGGCAACGGGACCAGACUUUGUAUUUUGACUUGCCUUUUUGUAAACUGUUCUAAAGAGAUAGUAGACAUUGUAAAAGGCUGUUAGUCUUGUUUUCAUAUACCUGAGAGUUAAUUAUAAAAUUUGCGGUGUUAGGGUUA